UAAUAUCGGCAUGCCAAACGUCUUGAUAUUGAUAACCUUGAUGAUAUGGCUGCGGUAUUUAGAAAUAAUCCAACUUUAACAGGUUUGCUGCUAUCCUUGAACACGUUUCUUCGCCUGUAUCUUACCCUUCCCUGCACUACAUGUGAAGCUGAAUGCUCAUUCAGGUGUCUGCAAAGGAAAAAUCUCUACCUGUCAAAAUAACAGACUUGUGUUUAACUCCUAAUUUCAAAGAGGUUAUUUUCACUAUUUCACUUGAAAACAAACCAACAUCAGCCUCUUGCAUUGCUCAAGUGGUUAAAAUCCCAUCCAAGUAUCAUGACAUCACAAUGUGGGAUCACGCAGCACAAACAGCUUGUCAUCUCACGACAACAUUAUCAUAUAUGAGCAAUGUGUUGGAAUGCAUGAACGAAUCAUGUGAUACCGUUAUCCAGGAAAUGGAAACAAAACUAACAUGUUAUCUUAUAAACAAACCAAUAUCUGGUACAAUUGGAGACGAACUUCUUCAUUUUUUACUUUGGGGAAAAUCAAGUGAUGUGAUACGUGACUUUCUCAUGAAAUGUAUCACGGAAAAAGGAGUCGUGAAACUGAAGAAGUUUGUUGAGUCAUCAUACACCUACAUGCUCCAAUUAUUACUCAUCAAUUUUCAGAUGGCAGCAGAUGCAAUUUAUUAUCAUGUUGUUGAAAUAAAAGGUAUGGAGAAGCCUGCUGUUAUUGGAGGAAUAAAUUUGUUUGACUUUAACUUGGUUCAAGAAGCAUUAGAGUCUGCGGGUUCAUUUAUUUUAAAAGCGAGAGAGUUACAACAUGUUGUGGAACGCAGUCAGAAAAAUUUCUUGGCAUUUUUUCGUUUCCUUCAUUAUUCGUGGCUUAAAGUUCAAGAUGAACCGGUUGAUGAAAGCAGCCAGAUGUCUUCACAAGAACUUGAGUUCGUUGCGGAUUUUAUCACAGAUUCCCUCAUCCAUGAACAUGAACAAUUAAAAGCAUCAGGGAAGGAAAAACAUUUCAACUUUGAUAAAGUUUAUCAAUAUUUUCAAGAUGCUCCACUCACUUCAUGUCUUGAAACUGAGAAAAACAGCUGGCAUCACUUAGUUGAAUCCACCAGCACUUUAUCAGACAACCCACUCAUUAUUAAACAACGACCAAACGCUUCGUUUCGUCAACUUUUCCUUGAAUUAAGAAAAAAAUUACAAACAUUGUUAAAUUUUCCAAGUCUUACUCUCAAUGAAAAGAACAUCCAACAAAAAGUUGAAAUUUCUAGCUGUUUGAAACCUUUUCCACAGCAAUCAUGCAUAUGGCAUAAACAAGCGAAAACUGAUGUCUCAACUUAUAUUCUCUCCACGUUAAGCAAACCUCCACACCAGAAAAUAAGUUUUGUGAAAAUAAAUCCUGGUCGAUGUCGCCAAAUACAUCUUCAGUUUUCCGAAUCACUUCCGCAACUUGCUAAGACAGACAGCCACUACACGAUAUCAGAUUUUGCUUUUUAUGAUGAAAAAUUUGUCACAUUUCUUCUUGCUACUGAUUCUCGUUGCUCAAUUCUAGCACAGAUUUCUUUUCUUGACCUCAUAUCAGAGGUAGAUGAGAGAGAAUGCGAUCCGGAUGGUGGAUCAACCGCAUCCAUGGAGUACGUGGAUGUUUCAAAGUACGUCGCACAUUAUUCCACCAUUGAAGGAAUGCAUGCUAUCAAAGUUGCUUCAUCAGGAACAAGAAAAGUAGCGUGCUUGCUUGGGUCAGACUUGCGGGUGAUUCGAACUUAUGAGAUGGAGCCUUCAAAUGAUGAUUAUCCCGACACUGAUGUCUCAAUGAACACAGGCUGAUUUUCAUGGAAAAUAUUGUGUUAUAACUUUACAUGAGAACUCCAGUGUGGCAGGAAUAGACAGAAGCAUGAUAAAAAAGGAAAAAUGUCUGUUGAAUGGUAUUGUAAAAGUUGGAGGGUUAAAAACGUUUAUGAAAAUAUAAUAAACAUAUAAUGUAGUGAAAAACUUGUAUGAUAGUACUGUGGCACCUUUUGAGCAUUAAAGUUAUCAGCAAU